AUGGCCGAAACAAUGCAGCGGCCUGCUCCAGCGGCCCCCGCGAAGCCGACUCCGGCGGAGAUAUCGCAGGAUAUCGAAAUGACAAACGGACAGGUCACCGUCCCGCAGGCCCAACAGCCCAUUACAACCGAGUCAACGGUUCCUAGCACGGUACCAGCGCCAGCUCCGGCUCCCGCAAUCUCCCAACCCCCCUCGCAUUCGUAUCAACCUCCUCCCAUAGCAUUCCAAGCUCCGGCGAGCGCUCCACCACAAACAGUUCCUGCACAGCCCUCAAGUACACCACCACAGCAGCUACCGCUGCCACCGAUACCGACGCCGAAUAACCUACCUCCUCCUAAUCAGUCGAAUCUGGCUCCGGUUAACCAGGUCAAUAACCAUGUUCCUCCCGCUCCGGCACACCCUGGCUCCCAGAUGCACAUGGGCAGCAUUCCAACGGCUUUCUCCGCGCAGCCCAUCGCUGGCUAUUAUUCAGAGAUGCCCGCGAAUUCGCAGCAAUCGGACGGAUUCGAAUUGGUCAGUGAUGGCGGAGGGAUGCUCUCGGGAGGCCGCAUGGGAAAAAAGGACGUCAAACGGCGGACCAAGACCGGAUGCUUGACGUGCAGGAAGCGCAGAAUCAAGGUAAAUAAACUGCACCGUUUCUUCCUUCGACGAGUAGCUUGUUCUGCGUUUUGUUGUUGCUUUUGUACCUUUGAGUCCUGUCGACAGCAUCCUGUCUGCCGCAAUUGCGAGAAGAGUAAACGCGAAUGCCUUGGUUACGAUCCGGUCUUCAGAUCACAGCCAGGCCCUUCGGUUAUCCAGCCAGCCCCGUCUCAAACUUCAUUUGCUGUCGCUGCGCCGCCGCAGGUUCAACAAGUUCCGCAAAUUCCGCCAGCACCGCACGUCCCGCAGGCAUCGCAGCCCGCUUCAGCACCUCCUCCCACGCCUCCGGUUGUAUCGGGUCAGCCUUCCCAUUCGCCGUCGGUCCCUGCAGCAACUCCACCAGUCACGUCCCCUGCGACACAGCAACCCAGCCAGAGCUCGAACGUCACCUCCGCCGCGGCAACUGUGAAAUCUCCAAGUGUUCCUCCGACGCAGGAAGGCUACGAACACUUGCUCAUGGCGAACGCUAUCCCGGAGUGCCGCAAUCUCCAAUUGCAACAAAUUAGUAUUAAUGACCUGCUUAUGGUCAGUGGUUCACUAGACCCCUUGCCUGAAAGCCUGGAGCUGCCACCAACUCGAGUAGAAGAAUGUGCGAAUUUUUUUAUGGCCUACGCGACAUCCGCCGAUAUCUUCCUCGAAACGCAUUGGUUCGAGGCAAACGCGCGUCGGUUUCUGCUUGGCAAUAAAAAUCUCUUAAGCCAUGUGUCUCUCUUUUUGAAUGAUUUUAUGGAAAGGAAAUGGGUUAGCAACCCCGAAUGCGUGCCAUCCAUGGAAAGCCGUGAAGCCCGGAUCAUCUGGGACACAAUAACCCUGUGCCGUACAGCUCAAGCCCAGAAUACAAACCCAGAUGGUGGGUUUCUCCAUGAAAGCCCAGAACUAACGCUUGCUGUCAAUCGACUGAAGGUUCUGGAGGCAUUGAUCACUGGGAAGACGUUGGAGACCAAUCCGACGUCUGCACCCGAAUAUGCCGGAGAAGCACCGGCUUGGGCACCGGCGGCGUUGGCGCAUCAGCUCAAACGCAGCGAAAUGAAAUUCUGGGAUGCGAUGGGCCAGUACCUCGUCAUCACCGAUGACAUGCCUGAAUGCAAUGUGCUGCGUGACCUUGCAUUGAUUGAUGCGCGAGCACACCUCGAUCUCAUUGAGAAUCGCGACGUUAUCUACUCGAUUGCAGUCAUUCGUCACAUCUCUCGGUUCCAGCCCCGGAAAGUCAAGAACCUUCCUCCGUCGACUGACGAGAAGGAUGUGUCGGCCAAGCUCUACGUGGCAACCAAGUUCAUCGAGGAAGAAAGGGAUGGCAAAGCGACUAACCAAGUGAUCAGGCGUCUUUGCGCGCAGCUUCUUCGAUGGUGGGAGAAACCCGAGAAUAUGUGA